ACCAACAAACAGGUGUGUGACUUCUAAUAAAACGUUUGUUUGCUAGCGCAACCUCAUUCUGCCGUAACGUUAGAUAGCUAUACCUUCAAAUUGCUAUCCGUGAGAUGCUGAAUAAGAAGCUUGAGGAAAAAUAUGCCAAUCCAAGAGGGAAAGCUGAAAUUAUAUUGGAAAAACUCCCAGCUGUGUUGAAGAAGGACUCAGGUGGGCUAUAUCAUCAAAGUCAAACUGGAUUCCAAGAAAAAACAUUUAACAGAAGACAUAGAGAGAUAAUUGCUAUUAAUGAAUGGCAGCAAAAAAACAAAGAAACAUUUAAUCAAAACAAUUAUUGUCCUCCAAGGCAAUACAGCUCUAGAUGGAUAAAUAGCAACUUUGACCCUGAGCCAGACAGUAUGCUUGUAAGGAAAGUGGAUGGAGUGGACAGGGGUUUUCCACUAAAACCGGUUUACCACAAACGGUCGGUCAGUGCCAAGGACGAGGUACAAAGAUUGCCUGUUCCCAGUGUUCCAUCCCUAUCGGGAGGUCUCCGAGAAUACAGCGGAAGAUCUGGAAAAACUGAGAACAGGAAACCUCAAGCGAUUUCUUACCCAUCAUUUGAGGAUUAUAAUAAUGGCAAAGAUUAUACUGGAUCCCAACAAUUAAAAGGAGAGAGGCUGCCGGACGAGCAACGAAGACUUGCAAAGGAAAUUCAUAAGAAGGAGCUGAUGAUACAGAACAAGCUAUGGAUGACUGGAGAGAAACUAAAGAUCCAGAGGGAGAGGGUUGCUUCAGGUGACGACAAACACAGGAGGGAGGAGAGAUAUACAAGGAGACCAGCAGAAGAAAUAAACGAAUGGGUUCAAAAUAAGGUGUCAGAUGAGCAGAGGAGAAGGGAUGUAGAGCGAGGAGGCCAAGCGAGGAUGAAAAAGGAGAAGUCUUUAAGGAGAGAGAAAACCCUGGAGGAUACGGAGUGGCCAAGGGAGAAAAGGGAGGAGAUGAACAAGGACAGACGAGUCCAGAAAACCCCUGUGGAGGACUGGGAAAGAUGGGAAAUAAGGGACAAAGAGACGAAUACAAGGCCAGAGUGGAAUACAGAAAGGAGGAGGAGGGAGAGGGGUGUGUAUGUGGACAUGAACGACAAGGAGAUAAGGUUAGAGAGAGAAAAGAAGCUGCUUUGGCACAGGUGGGAAAAGGAACAAGCGAGAGCUGAAGAGGAGAGAAGGAAGUUGGCUGAGGAGGACCUCGACUGGCAGAGGGAAAACCAGUGGGAGAGAUCCAGAGAGAGGUAUGUGCGGAGGGAUGGUAAGAGAAGGGAAAAGGACUUGGCUCCUCGCGGAAAGAUCCAGGAGAAUGGGCACCAGAAACCUGCCCAUAGAGGAACAGGGAGCAGCAGAUCUCCAGAGUCGUCCUCCACAUCAGUCUCAAAUCCUCAGUCAAACAGGCCACGGCGAGAUGCUCUACGCCUGGAACAGACUUGUGAUGAUAUUCCCCUGCUCAUCGCUUGUAAGAUUUGCCAGAGAAAUUUUCUUGCAGAGAGACUGGAGAAGCACCACCAGGUCUGUGAAAAGAUGCAGAAGUCCAACCGCCAAGUCUACGACUCUUUCAAGCACAGAGCCAAAGGGACCGAAUUGGAGGAGUUUAUGAAAACCAACACGAGAAGCAAGACUCCAGAGCUGAAGAAGAACAACUGGAGGGUGAAGCAUGCACAGUUGUUGCGUAACAUGCAACACGCGCAUGGUGGCUCGACACAGCCGGCACCAUCUAUCCAAGAUCCGGACUACGUCACCUGUCCUUACUGUGAGCGGCGGUUUGCUCCGGGACCAGCAGAGCGACAUGUCCCCAAAUGUCAGAACAUCAAGAGUCGCCCCCCACCACCUCCCCGGCGCCCCCCACGCUAACCCCCGGCGCCCCCCACCCUAGUCCACCCUACCUGAAGUUUGGCUUACCUGUUUUUCAAGAACAAAAAAGAGAGAUUUCACUACAUGGCAUUAAAUUACAACUGUAAAAAUGUUCCUUGCAUUAAAGAAAUAGGAGUUACUUACCUGGUUCCUGGUGAACAUGUUUGAUAACUUGGUUGGAGGCCUCUUCUACUCUCUGCAGAUAGCUAGCUUCAGGAAAUACACUAAGGUGUAAUUGUUGAUUUCUGGUCCAGAUUUUUUAUAUACAUUGAAUAUAUAUUUUUUGGUUCUGUAAUAUUUACACCGAUUACACAGUCAUCAUACAGUUUCACAGGGCUAUCACACAUGUUUUCUUACCCAGCAGGUCUGGUUUCUUGGACUGAGUUUUAGCCCGAUCCUGCCCCUGACCAUAACCCAGUGGGGAGGAGGCUCUAACCCUAAAUACCCCCACUUGCCCCUCCCACUCUGGCCUAACCCUAAGGGUCCCCCCCCCCCUAUCGUUCUAUUCCCCCCUCCCUCUUCCUUCUGUUGUUUUUGAUUCUGUAUUGUCCUGUUUUAUAUUGUAUGUCCCCUGUGGUGGUGAAUCUUAGAUUCCAGGGAGGUUUUGUUUAGGUCUCCUGUGUCCGUGCACCCUGGGUACAUUUAU